AAUUGAGGUUGCCUCUGUAACAAUGUAACUAUAGUUUUUCCCAUUUCAAGACACAUAAAAAAAUAGCCAAGUAAUAAGUUAUAACCUCGGUGAUUGCCAAAAACAACAACACAAACAAAGAUCUGAGAGAUGGAUGAAGAACUCAAGAACUUGAUCAAAGUAUGGGUUUCUGCAAUAAUCUCGAUAUCUUAUUGUUACUACAUACCACCUAGAAUCAAAUCUGGUGCUCCUCGAUUCCUCUCUGUUUCCCCUGUUCUUGCUCUGUUUCUUGUUCUUCCUCUGUUUUUCUCCUCUCUGCAUUUAUCUUUAAUCACAGCGUUUUUCCUCACAUGGCUUGCUAAUUUCAAACUCAUCCUCUUCUCCUUCGAUAAAGGUCCUUUAAUCCCAAUUCCAACAAAUUUCCCUCGAUUCUUCUGCUUCACUUGCUUCCCCAUCAAGGUUCAGCAAAACCCUAAAUCUCAAAACCAUUUGCCCAAAUUGGUUUUCGCCAUUAAACUUGCAAUCUUUGCAGUGCUAUUACAUUUGUAUAGCUACAGACAAAAUCUGUCUCCGACUAUACUAUUAGGUCUCUAUUUUGUGCAUCUCUACUUAGAGAUUGAGAUUAUAUUAACGUUUGUUAAAGUUGUUGUUUUUAUCUCUCUUGGCUGCGAUCUUGAGCCACAGUCCAAUAAACCGUACUUAGCCACAUCUCUACAAGACUUCUGGGGUCGCCGGUGGAAUCUCAUGGUUCCGGCGAUUCUCCGGCCAGCCGUUUACGCACCAAUGCGGCGAGUCUCUGAACGCAAAAUGAGUUCCGGUUGGGCUCUGUUUCCGGGGAUUUUGGCAGCGUUUAUCGUCUCCGGUUUGGUUCACGAAUUGCUCUUCUUCUAUUUGAUACGUGAGAUGCCUACAGGAGAAGUUACUCUGUUCUUUGUGUUACAUGGCGUUUGUACUGCUGUAGAAUUGGCGGUGAAGAAGAAAACGACGGUAGCACAGCGGUGGCGGUUGAGUCCGGGGGUGUCGCGGGUUCUCACGGUGGGGUUUGUGUUUGUGACUGGUGGUUGGUUGUUUACACCUCAGCUUAAAAGGAGCGGGGUGAUGGAGAGAUUCACAUCUGAAGCUGUGUUGCUCGUUGAGUUCAUUAAGCGAUAAGUUAUUUUAUUUACGUUGUUGGGGAUAUUUUAUAACGAGUGUUAAAUGAGCACGAGUUAACGUUAUUGAGUCCGGUUGAGCAUCAAAGUCCAUAAUGGUCAACUACUUAUCUUGAAAUGAAUCGAACUUGUCUUGUUGAAGAUGUCGGCAAGUUGGAAUUAGUAGAAACUCUUUAAGAUGCUGCCAGCAUGUCUCUUGGUCUCUUCAUGCCGUUUCUUUCUUUCUUAUCAAACCCUAAAAAAACUGACUUGCUUCAGUUCCAAGUUCGUUG